UCGCUGCUGUGGCGUUGAAUUUGUUGACAGAAAAGCUUUUGCAAAGUUUACGGUAUUUUCUCGCAAUAUUUUCAGAUUUAGUUGAUGGUAUCUAAUUUAUUUGUGAGUUUAGUGACUACUCGUGUCGAUUUUUCAUAAAACAUGGCUCCUAGCACUAAACAUUCGCCAGAUGAUGCAGAUUCGGGCUCAGAAUCUGACAGUGGGUCUAGCUCAAGUCACAGCAAGAGCCCUAGCCCUGCCCCCUCUGGGAAAGAAGGCAGUCAGUCUCGAUCAGUCUCUCGCAGUCCAGCUCGGUCUGGCAGUGGAUCUCCAAAGUCGAACCGCACCAGCCGUUCCCGCAAGUCUUCUCAUGCUUCCAACGUCUCUCGCAACUCUCGCAGCAAAUCGAACUCUCCGGCACGAUCGAACAGAUCACGUUCAGGCUCGGCACACAGCAACAAGUCUGGUUCAUCCAGUGCCAAGUCUCAUGCCUCUGGGAGUCCUAAAAGAGCGUCACGAUCUCGUAGUAGGUCUGGCAGUGCGAGGUCUCGCUCAGGCAGUGCUAAAUCCCGAUCAGCGAGCCCUAAGUCCGCCGCACACAGUCCUAACCGUAGUUCGAAGUCUAGAUCACACAGUCCCAAGUCGAGAUCUCAUAGCCCAAAGUCUGGGUCUCACAGUCCUAAAUCCAGGUCACAGAGUCCUAAAUCACGACCCCACAGUCCACAAGGACCAGUGGCCAAAAGUAGGUCUCGUAGUGGCAGUCCUAAGAGCAGCCCAGUUCCCAGACAAGACGUUCAAGAUAGCAGAUCUAAUUCACCGAAUCUAAUGAUUGACGAUGAACAAGCGAAUGACAAACCUAAGAGCAGAUCCAGAUCACGUUCAAAAUCGCGUAGCAAAUCCAAAUCAAAGAGUCGUUCAAGAUCAAGGUCGCAUAGUGCUGAGCCUGGUGUUGUGGAUAAGAAAAAACGCGCCGUACUUUCCGACUCUGAAAGCGACGCGGACGCACAGAAGGCCUCCUCCAAACGCAAGAAAGAAGGCUCCGACAGUGGCUCAGACACUAGUGGCAAACCAAAAAAGAAGACCAAGAAAAUCGUAGAUUCUGAUGAAGAAAAUGAAGAGAAUCAAGAGAAAGAUACUGUUACCGCGGACGCCCUAUUCGGCGACGCGUCGGAUAUAAGCACGGAAGACGAGGCGGAAGGCAAGCGGUCGCGGUCGCGAUCACGCUCACGGUCGCGUUCGAGAUCGCGGUCGCGGUCACGAAGCCGUAGCGCCGCGCGGUCUGAAGACGGCAGGCGGUCGGGGGAUGAAGCCAACCGCGAAAAACCAGAAGAGGAAGAAGAAGUAGAAAUUCCCGAAACUCGAAUCGACGUGGACAUGCCUAAGAUAUGGACGGAAUUAGGCAAAGAGCUGCACUUUGUGAAACUGCCCAACUUUUUGUCUGUGGAGACGCGACCUUAUGACCCCAACACGUAUGAGGACGAAAUUGAUGAGGAGGAAACGUUGGAUGAGGAAGGUCGAGCGAGGCUAAAACUGAAAGUGGAGAACACAAUCCGAUGGCGGACGAACUUCGACAAAGAAGGCAACGCUAUCAAAGAAUCCAACGCGCGGAUGGUCAAGUGGUCCGACGGCUCCAUGUCGCUGCAUCUGGGCUCUGAAAUAUUCGACGUUUAUAAGCAGCCGCUACACGGCGACCACAACCACUUAUUCGUGCGUCAAGGCACCGGUCUGCAGGGGCAGGCGGUGUUCCGUACCAAGCUGUCCUUCCGACCGCAUUCCACCGAAUCGUUCACUCACAGGAAGAUGACCUUGUCUCUUGCUGACCGUUCGACCAAGACGUCGGCCAUCAAGAUCCUGUCGCAAGUCGGCGCUGACCCUGAUGCUGACAGGAAAUAUCAGUUGAAGAAAGAAGAAAUGGAGCUCCGUGCAGCCAUGCGUUCGCGAGUCUCGACCAGGCCCAAGCGGCGCGCCGGCGCGGCCCGGGCAGGCGGCGCCGCGCGACAGGGCGACGACUCCGAGGACGAAGGCGGCGUGUCGCUGCAGGCCAUCAAGAACAAGUACAAGCAGGGCCAGAAGGCGUCAGCCGGUGCGGCGAUAUACUCAUCAGAGUCUGAGGGUUCGGACGUGGAAACGCGACGUGCGAGACGCUUGGACCGCGUCAAGACACUCAAGGAUUCUGAUUCGGACGGCAGUGAUGCACGGCAAGACUCGCCGCAGCGCUCGCCAGGGAGAAGCGGGAGCGGUAGCGGCAGCGGAAGCGGUAGCGGGAGCGAGUAGCAGAGCGAUCUAUAAUGUACUGAGAGCAAGGAAAAUAUCUAUACAAACAAGUACAGUCGCGGAAUGAAAAGGUUCGUCACCUUAGUGUCGGUUUUCGCUUGCACUAGGUACUGUAAGAGUCAAACCUGCCAACAUAG